AUGGAAGAACACGACGGCAUUUCUCCGAUAGAAGAAGUCCGUCUAACGGUGUCAAAUGUGGACGACCCCACCCUUCCCGUUUUCACUUUUCGCAUGUGGCUCUUAGGCGUUGUCUCAUGCGUCCUUCUUUCUUUCCUCAACACUUUCUUCGCAUACCGUACGCAGCCUUUAAUCAUUUCCAUGAUCUCCGUCCAGGUGGCCAGUCUCCCAAUCGGACGGUUCAUGGCGAAAGUUCUUCCCGAAAAGAAGUUCAGGAUUCCGGGAUUCGGAGGGAGGGAGUGGACAUUGAACCCAGGACCGUUUAACAUGAAGGAGCACGUCUUGAUAUCUGUUUUUGCAAAUGCCGGGUCAGCGUUUGGGGGUGGGGCGGCGUAUGCUGUUAGUAUUGUAAAUGUCAUAAAGGCAUUUUAUAAUAGGAACAUCAGUUUCUUGGCUAGUUGGAUUCUUGUUAUUACUACACAGGUUUUGGGGUAUGGUUGGGCAGGAGUAUUAAGGAAGUUCGUGGUGGACCCGCCGGAGAUGUGGUGGCCGAGUAGUCUAGUUCAGGUUUCUCUCUUCAGGGCUCUUCAUGAGAAAGAUGACAAACGUAUGUCACGAGGCAAAUUUUUCGUGAUUGCGCUUAUUUGCAGCUUCUCCUGGUAUCUAUUCCCAGGCUACCUUUUCCCCACAUUGUCUAGCAUUUCUUGGGUGUGUUGGGCUUUCCCAAAUUCAGUAACAGCCCAGCAAUUAGGGUCAGGCAUGCGAGGACUUGGUCUUGGUUCCUUCGCCCUUGAUUGGUCAGUGGUAGCCUCAUACCUUAACAGCCCACUUAUCACCCCUUUCUUUGUCAUUGUCAAUGUCUUUAUUGGGUAUUGCGUUGUUUUAUUACUUAUCAUACCAAUUGCCUAUUGGGGAUUCAAUGUAUACGAUGCCAAGAAAUUUCCUAUCUUCUCCUCACAUAUAUUCAAUUCAAAAGGCCAAAUAUACAACGUAUCGGCCAUUGUUAACGACAAGUUUGAAUUAGAUAUCCCAUCAUAUGAGAGAGAGGGACGCCUACACCUCAGCAUCUUCUUUUCUCUUUCAUAUGGCAUUGGUUUCGCUGCUAUUAUAUCAUCCCUCACACAUGUGGCAUUGUUUAAUGGAAGGAAGAUAUAUCAACAAAUUCGAGCUUCUUCAACGGGAAAACAGGAUAUUCACACAAGGCUGAUGAUGAAAUACGAGCCCACUCCAAGCUGGUGGUUUCAUUCCAUGCUUGUAGGGUCGCUAGUACUUUCUCUAGUAUUAUGCAUUUUCAUGAAAGAUGAGAUCCAAAUGCCCUGGUGGGGACUUAUUUUUGCAUCAGCCCUUGCAUUGCUUUUCACACUGCCAAUCAGCAUCAUAACUGCCACAACCAAUAUGACACCAGGAUUAAACGUUAUCACUGAGUACGUGAUGGGUAUCAUCUAUCCAGGUAGACCAAUAGCCAAUGUCUGCUUCAAGACUUAUGGAUAUAUAAGCAUGGGCCAGGCAGUUUCCUUCCUCAAUGAUUUUAAGCUAGGCCAUUACAUGAAGAUUCCCACAAGGGCGAUGUUUAUUGUUCAGCUUGUAGGAACUAUAAUCGCGGGAACAGUGAAUAUUGGAGUGGCAUGGUGGCUGCUGACAACCGUAGAGAAUAUAUGUCAGGAUCAAUUCCUGUCUCCUAAUAGUCCCUGGACAUGUCCAGGAGACCGUGUAUUUUUUGAUGCAUCAGUCAUUUGGGGUCUGGUUGGACCAAAACGUAUCUUUGGCAAGUCGGGAAACUACUCAGCUCUCAACUGGUUCUUCCUAGGAGGUGCGUUGGGACCUGUGAUUGUAUGGAUGCUACACAGAGCAUUCCCUAAUCAGAAAUGGAUUCCAUUGAUUAAUCUUCCGGUGCUUUUGGGAGCAACAGCUGCAAUGCCACCAGCUACAACUCUCAACUUCAACUGCUGGAUGAUAGUUGGAACCAUAUUUAAUCAUUUUAUUUUCAAGUAUCGAAAAGGUUGGUGGCAGAGAUACAAUUAUGUUCUUUCAGCGGCUUUAGAUGCAGGGUUGGCUUUCAUGGGGGUUCUUUUAUACUUCACGCUAACCAUGGAGAACAGAAGCAUAACCUGGUGGGGAUCAGAAGGUGAGCAUUGUGAAUUGGCUACAUGCCCAACUGCUAAAGAUGACUUGGUGUACGAUAUGCUGUAAACUUUUAUAUCGCUAUAAAAUCCUAUCCACUCCAAUACGGCA